AUGUCCCAGCCGGAAUCGAAGAACACCGUCCCCUCUGCUGCGGUGCAGCAGAGUGACAACAUUGCCCACGCGCUGGCGGGUGCGGGUGGUGGAGUCCUCUCGAUGGUCUUGACAUACCCUUUAAUCACAUUGUCUACAAGAGCCCAGGUCGAGUCUAAGCGGGCCCACUCCACCACCCUUGAUGCCGUGCGCCGGAUUGUGCAGCGCGAGGGAAUUGCCGGGCUAUACUCGGGCCUGGAGUCUGCGCUGUUCGGCAUCAGCGUCACCAAUUUCGUGUACUAUUACUGGUAUGAGUUCACACGCUCGGCUUUUGAGAAGGCCGCCGCACAGGGAGGUCGUGCCUCCAAGAAACUCACUACCGUCGAGUCGAUGAUCGCGGGCGCCAUCGCAGGUAGUGCUACGGUGUUGAUCACUAACCCCAUCUGGGUCAUUAACACGCGCAUGACUGCCCGCAAGUCCCAGGAGGAGGAAUCCCUUCCGGGAGCCCCCAAGACCAAGGCAUCGACCCUGAGCACCCUCAUGGAUUUAUUGAAGCAAGAGGGUCCCAAGGCUCUGUUUGCCGGUGUGCUCCCGGCAUUGAUCCUGGUGAUCAACCCCAUUCUGCAAUACACCAUUUUUGAGCAAUUGAAGAAUGUGGUAGAGCGUCGCCGGCGCAUGACGCCUAAGGACGCGUUCUAUCUGGGUGCGCUCGGCAAGAUCCUGGCCACCAGUAUCACCUAUCCCUACAUUACCAUCAAGAGCCGUAUGCACGUUGCCAGCAAGGAUGGGCCUAAGGAGAGCUUGAACGGAAGCCUGAAGAGGAUCAUUCAGGAAGAGGGUUGGAAGGGGCUUUACAAGGGCAUUGGACCCAAGGUCACUCAGAGUGCUAUCACCGCUGCAUUCCUAUUUGCCUUUAAGGAUGUGCUAUACGAUACCAUGGUGUCCGCCCGUCGCCGGCGCAUCGCUAAAUAA